AUGACAAGUAAAACAUCUAAAACAAUUUUUCUUGCUGGUUGUGGAGGUGGUUAUGAUAUAUUUGGUGGUCUACCAUAUUAUUUCAAAAUUAAAUCUAAUGGAAUUGAUGAUGUAACACUUAUCAAUUAUACUUUCACUACGCAUACUCUUUUGUCCCAAUACAGUCAGCAGCUAACAACAGUACUUUUUCGUAUUGAUCCAAGAACGGAUAUAGCAUGGCUGACAGAUGAUGUUUAUUUUCCUGAACAACGUCUUGCUAAUGAACUUCAUGUACCUAUUUAUGCAAUCUUAUGUGAUUACAUUAAAACACGUAUUGAAUUAAUUGUCGAAGCUUAUAGAUAUUUAAUACACGGACGCACUAUUGAUGAACUCGUUUUGAUCGAUGGUGGUUCAGAUGUUUUAUUAACAGGCAAUGAACUAGAAUUAGGCACUCCCAUUGAAGACAUGUCACAUGCACGUGCUGUUGAUCUUUUAUCUUCAGAUGAGGUGAAAUCAAAAUAUAUUGUCGUCAUUGGCACUAAUCUUGAAGUAGGUCAUGGUGUUCUUAAAUCUAAUAUCGAUGCACGAUUAACUGCUCUUUCUUCUGAUGCAAUUUUCACAUGGUUAUGGCAAUAUGAAGAUGAUGAUGAUAUUCGUCGUUAUGUAGAAAUUUUUCAUCGUUGUUGUCCUCGUCAAUCGAUCGUUCAUAGUCUUAUUUGUGCUGCAUUGCAAGGUCACCGAGGAUACUAUUUGCCUGAACACUUACGUAGUCGUAUUACUAAAUCCGUUGUUGAACUUGGUGAAGAGACAUGCAUUUCAAUCGGAUAUCAUUUCGAUGAUGUUAUGCGUCACAAUGUGUACUUUAAACGAUUGACACCUGAAAUGAACUUGCAUCAAGUCUAUGAUACCAUCUAUGAUACCAUAAGGCAUGGUUUAUCUAGCAUCGAAAGUACAUCUUCACAGAAAUCGAUUUUACUCUCUCGGAAAUCGCAGUUACCGCACUUUGUACAGGGCGUUUUCUCUACCGACAACAAGUCUUCGUCCAUUCGAACUAGAAAAUAUGAGCAAAAUACUGAUGAGAAAGAUCAAGAAUUUUAAUGGACUUCAUCUAUUUGUAACAAAAGGUUUCAAACAUAUACAACUGAUUUCGGAUUCCGAAACACGUAAGGUCAUGAGUAACUCUAUGAAUCAUUAUGUUUUGAUUAUCCGAUUCAAUCGUUCUUUAUUUUCUUUUACUGAUAUAUUUUUCUAUUAAUAGUUGAAAAUCACAUAUAACGAAUAAACUAGGUGAUAAAGACUAUUCAGUCGACUGAAGAAAGGAUCAUGUGAAAUGAAAUAAAUUCAUGUGCGUUGUUGCUAUGCAUCGGUGGGAGUUCAGAGUAACUAUGCACAGUCAAAUAAUUAUAUAGUUUGAACCUUUAGGACUUUCUUAAACACAAUUUUUAAUUAGAAGCCCCCCACCCCCCCGCAAGCCAUAUUACUACUUGGGGUUUUUAUAAGUCACUUUGGGCCUUGCAGAAUUAGUGCCCCGAUUUAUGAAAGCUAGUUAACAGUUCUUACUUGAAGUUGAUCUUACAUCAUUCACGCAAGACCUAACGCCAAAGACAGAUCUAUUAGCAAUAAGGACGAUUGAUGACUUCAGCUUGUGUGAUUCAUAAGCAAUCGUUGUUUUCUUCUGUGAUUUUUAGCUCACAGAACACGAAUACAAAAAAAAAACUGUGCUAUGAAUGUAUCUUAUUAGACGUUGUUUUGCUAAUGAAGAUACCGUAUUUACGCACGUGUUGAUCGUUUUUUUUCUCAAUUGCCACAGCCAGAACAGAAAAAAAAUUGUUUUUUCCUUCUAUUUGAAAUAACACGAUGGGAGCAACACGAGUAAUAACACAUCGUAUGACAGACACAGAAUUGAAGUAUAAUCAUUUUGUAUAUUGAAGGUAACUUUAUGCUUAUCGAACCUUAGGGUAAACAACAACAGUAUAUGUGCCGACUUCUCCACAGACACAAAAUUGCAGUUGGGUGUGGAUGUGGGUGAGAUGGGGUGUGGGGUGGGUCUGAGUCUAUGUUUUCUUCAUGCCAUUCACAUCCACCCACACCCACACCCACACCCUUGCAUGCCAUCAGAACUAAUAAAUGGACGAAGAAGUUGAUCUAUUGAUGAUUCUAGUAAAAUGAGUUAUACAACAAAGAUUGUUAAAGAAUUGCUUGAGUUGUUUAUCUUGGCACUAAAACAUGUCGAGUUGGUUUCAGGCAAUAUCGUUUUGUGAUUAACUCUUUAGCAUUGGGUAUUAAUCUAGAAGAGCUAAUAAUGAUUUAACAACGAGAACAACUUAUAUAAUUGUUCUAUAUGGAACGUAAUUUUGUAUUUAUUUUAUCUUUACACUGAACAAUACAACUCUAGAAAAAUUACUUUUCGUGUCAGUCACUACGAACAGACCAUAUUAUUACGAAGAGUCCUAAUUUUGUAUCAUUAAUCAAAAGAACAACUUAAAACAAUACACUGUAAAUCUAUGUAAAUAAAUAAAAGAAGAAAGAGAAGAAAUAAGAUUUUUUUCACUUCUUAUUUUAGACAGAAAAACACCAUUGUCAGAUUCAACGAUUAUGAACAAACAAGGAUGAAAAAUCUUUAUUAAUUCAAAAACUGACCUAUUCUGUCCUCAACAAUACUUUUUUUUUAAAUCUAAAGAUAUUCAUGUUUUUCCGAACUUAUCUUCUUUUUUCUAUGCAGGGUGGGUGUGGGUGUGGGUGUAGGUGUGGGUGUGGGUGUGGGUGUGGGUGUGGGUGUGGAUGUGAGUGGGUGUGGGUGUGGAUGUGGGUGUGGGUGUGGGUGGGCGUAGGUGUGGGUAUGAGUGUGGGUGUGGGUGUGGGUGUGAGUGAAGAGAAGAGCAAGGCCAGCAACCACCAAUCCACACCCACACCCAUCCACACAGCCACACCCACCCACACCCACACCCCACAUCCACCCACACUCACACACACCCACACCCACCCACACCUAGGCCCAGAUCCAUCCACACCCACACCCUAGCUCUGUCGUAAAUAAGAUAGAUCUCGAGAUAAAAUAGGAGUUUUCAAAUGAGUAGGACCACCGAUCAUGGCAUAUAUUUCAUUGAAAACGCAUUGAUCUUUCAAGUUACGAGUUCGUCUUCAACAUUAUCAUUAAAGUUUCUUUCGAAUUGCGUCCAAAUUUCCUUGCUGUAAAAGUAUUUGAGGAUGAUUGACUGGAAGAGCUUUUUUACUUAUUUCAACCGCACGAACACUCAUCUCAAUGGCUUCUGAAUAACGACUUUGGCGAGCUAGUGUAGCCGAAAUAUUGUCCAUCGUAAUUGCAAUGGAUACAUGCCCUGAUGGUAGUGAUUUCUGUUGAAUCUCAAGACAUUCUUUGAAGGUUAUCAAGGCUUUGUCAUAGUUCUUCUGCUCCCAGAAAUUGCCGGCUAUAUUGUUCAAAGUAAUCGCGAUAGCUCCGUGAGUUGAUGGUAAACUUUUGUGCUGCAGAUCAAGUGCUCGCUGAUAAUUUUCUAGUGAUUCAAGCAACUGUCCUUCAUCUUCAAGAAUAGCUCCGAUAGCAUUGUAGCAGAUCGCCAUUGUUUCCAUAUGGGGGUCUGAAUCCUGCAUCAAAAGAUUCAGUGAUUGUCGAAAAUAGUCCAGAGCAAGAGAAGGUUGUUUUAGAUUACGAUACGCUGAUCCAAUAUUAUUAAGAAUAGUCGAAAGUAAAAGAUGGUUCUUUGGUGAAUACUUUUGUACAAUAUCAAACGAUUGUUUUUAAAAAUCUAGUGCUGCAUCAUAUUCGGCGAAUUUUUCGCUUACAAAACCGAGAUUGCCAAGUAUGAUAGCACGUUCAAGAUGCGAAGUCUCACGAGCCAUGGCAAUCUAGGCACAAGAAUUGAAAUUAUUUUCUGAUUCGAUCAUCUUCAUUCAAGCUAAGUUUCGCUGGCUGAAAACCUAUUGUUACUAUCCCACUCAUUUCUUCUCUAAUAGGUUUCAACAUGUGUGCUUACUUGAAAGAAAUGUUCAGCUUGAGCAAAGUCACUCAUUUCACACAUCAAGUUUCCGAGUCGCAAUAAUGGGUUCGGGUUCCAUAUUUGACGACGCAUAUAAUCGGUUAAAGUUUUCAAUUGUUCAUCACUAUCAUUGGUCAAUAUCAAACUGAUGCAGCAAAGACCUUCUCGAGAUUCUUCCAUCGAUUCGAUUCGAAAAACGCUACCCAUCGAAAAAAGCCAUUCGUAUUCUUUACCGGCAAAAUAGCUCAAUGAAUCUAUGUCAGCAAAAACAGCACGAGAGCUAGCAUUGGAUUCAUUUUUAAUUCUCAUGACUACAGCUGUACGAUCGGGAGUCGUCAUUUCUCUUCCGGCGAAUGCAUAUGCAACUCGCUGAUCACUUGUUGUUGAGAGAAAGUUCGUGAUCGAUAAUAAAGCACCGAUGUUCGUUUUUAAAUUUGCCAAAUCCAAUGAUCUCAUUCGUUGACCUCGAUAAAGAAUGAUACUAUCAUUAUAAGUCGAGUUUUGAUGCAAUGUGACCAGUUGUGUAUGUAGAUCUUUCAUGAAAACGCGCAGUUUGUACAAUGUCUCGAUGUCUUGUAUACGCAGGGCUUUGUUCAGCAUUUUGUAUAGAAAUGAUUGCCGUGAAUACCACCAGAUUGGUGUAUGUUCAGAAUAAUCUUUUUCAAAUUCAACAAUAAAUUCAAGUUCACUUGGGUUAUCACUGUAUUGCAAACGACAGUAGCUAAUCAUUUCUUGUCUUUCGGCAUGAGAGUAAGUCAUGUCAAGUAGAAUUUCUUUGAAUAACUGAGCAUACAUGAAACUCGCUUCUUGUACAUUCGAUUCUUCCUUAUGUGAAGGAGCUACGACAUCCAUACCGAGUAAAUCGUCGUCACAUUUCUUUGUAUCCACUUUUAGUUGUUCACAAAUUGAAUCAAUAUCAUUGAACAUACACUGAACUUUCCGAUAGACAUUUACUAAUGAUUCACUACGUUCAGCAUCCGUACAGAAAAUAUAAAUCGAAUUUAACUGUGGAAAGUCGUGUGUUGCCGAUAGAAA